AUGCAACUCCAGAAAUCAACCUUGCUCAGACAACUCGAGGCUGUUGCAGACCAGAAAAAGAAUGACACCUUUGCCACUUGGCAUGAAGCCAACGGAACCAUUGGUCAGGAAUACACCUUUGGAGGGCUAUGGGAAGAAGCCGGAGCCAUUGCUUACAACCUACACCACAAAUGGGGAGUCAAAAGGAGAAAAGACACUCACAAGAUGGAGAAAGUCAUCAAUGAUUGCCAACCUGUGUUGAUCUUGACUGACAUGGCCAUCAUGGCAAUGAAGAAAGUGGAUGAACUAAAGCCAUUCUCAAAAAGCAAGGGAAUGUGGCCAAAGGGGAUUCCAUUUAAGGUUACAAAUGGUACAAACUUUCUCACAACAGUGGAAUCAUUUGACCAGGAAGACCUUCUUGAGUCUGAUAUUGCCUUCUACCAAUACACAUCGGGAAGCACUGGUGAUCCAAAGGGAGUCAUGGUGACUUUCAGGGCCUUGGAAGCCAACGUUCAGAUCAACUUUGAUGGUCUCAGCCUGAAGUGUGCUGAGGAUGCAUUUGAUAUGGACAAGAUUGUUGGCUUCUCUUGGCUGCCACAGUAUCAUGACUUUGGAUUGAUCUUUGCCUCCAUAGUUCCUUUUGCUGCUGGGUGGAGAAUGAACAUGAUGUCUCCCUUAACCUUCAUCAAGAAACCUUUAAAAUGGUUGGACCUCAUGUCAAAGAAUAAAGUCACAUUGGGGGUGGCCCCUGACUUUGCCUAUCAUUUGGUAGCCAGAAAGUUCAAAGAGGAGAUGUUGAAGAAAGGAGGAAAGUGUCCAAUUCCAAACCUUGACCUGUCAUCCAUCCAGUAUCUACAAAAUGGGGCUGAGCCAAUCAGGCUUGACACCCACAAAGAGUUCAGCUCCACAUUCUCUGACUUUGGAUUAAGGAAAUCAUGGUUCUGCAGUGGCUAUGGUUUGGCAGAACAUGUUGUCACUGUGUCCUGGUUGAAUGAACACCGGCUAUCCACCCAACAACCAGAGGACUCGAAGAGCUUUGUAGCAGUGGGCUCCAAACAAACCUUCCAUCCCUGUGUGGACAUCAAAAUAGUUGACCCUGUCAACAAACAUGAACUUCCUGCUGACCAAAUAGGUGAGAUUUGGAUUGCUGGUCCUUCCAUUGCUGCUGGAUACCAUGGAAAGCCAGAACUGUCCAGAGAGGUCUUCCAAGCUAAGAUUCUCCCUCAAGAAGAUUCUGACAGUGAUCAGGAUGAUUCCUGUACUGGCACUACCUUCCUCCGAACAGGGGACUUGGGCUUCAUGCAAGAUGGGUACUUGUAUGUUUGUGGCAGGAUCAAAGACCUGCUCAUUAUCAAUGGGGUCAACUACUAUCCCCAAGAUAUUGAGCUGGUUGUUCAAUCCUGCCAUGGUGUCAGGCCAGGGUGUGUGGCAGCCUUCUCUUCUGAUGACUCUGGUGAAGGUGAUGGCCUACUUGAGGUUGUCUUUGAGAUUAGAAAUGCAAACAAGAUGACUGCACAGGCUCUCUGCGAGGCAAUCAAAUCUGUGGUCAUUCAGGACAUUGGUAUUGUUCCUUCCAAGAUUGUGGCAUUGGAAGAAAGAAGCAUAGCCAAGACAACCAGUGGCAAGAUACAGAGAAGGAGAAACAGAGACCUGCUCCAUGCAAAUCAACACAAAUCUGUGUUUGUUCUGGAUCAGUCAUCUAAGUUGGCAGGCGAGGGUAAUGGACACCAGGAAAUUGGCCACAAUCUCCCUCCUUCAGAGAAGUUUGAUGCUAUCAUGACUUCACUCCUGGGAUCUGACUAUGAUCCAGAUGCUGGAUGGGAUGAAAAUGGCCUCACUUCCCUCAUUUUGAUUGAGCUCAACAACAAGCUAGCUGAAUCCUUUCCAGCCACCCUCCCCAGUGACUUUCCUGACCAAUAUCCAACCCCAGCUGCACUCAAAGAGUACCUCCUCAGCCCAAAUCACGGAUCCUUCUUCCCCGUCGAAGUCCCAAGCUUUGACACCUCAGCUACAAGACUUCCCUGGCCUGUAGUCACUCUGUUGCAGGGGGUUGGCGUCAUUUUGCUCGUUUUGAUGCUAUCUUGGAUUGUAAUUGGCAAGUACUCUUCCCGAGAGGUUCCAGUGGCAUCCCUAUACUAUGUCAGAUGGUGGUUUGUUGACAGGGCAGUGCACCUGUGGGAGAUGUUGAUUGGCAGGUAUGUAAUUGGCACUCCAUGGCUGUGGCUCUUCUAUUCAAUGAUGGGCUGCAAGGUUCACUCCUCUGCCAAGUUGGAUUGCUUCCUUCGAGAGUUCGAUCUCUUGGAGAUUGGUGAAAACACCGAGAUCAGUUUUGGGAUCAAAUGUCGAAAGUUUGGACCCUGGCAGGAGUCUGGGUGGUAUGCUGGGUCUCCCACAUUGAGGUUCAGGCCAAUCAGCAUUGGGAAUGGUUGUGUGGUGGAAGGGCAAGUAGGUCCUGGUGUGGUACUUGGUGAUGGCAGCAAAGUGGAGAAGCUAGCUGCAGUCCCCGAGGGUUCCCAGGUCCCAACUUCUGCCAUUGCAAGAGGCAGUCCUGCUCACCAGAGUGGCAUGUCACAGCCCAAAAAUAACACUGAGCAUGAAAAGCAGAGUAUGGCUGUGUUGAGAGUUGCCAAAAUUGUUGGGCCCCUCAUGGAACUCUACUUGACCUUUGUCAUUGCUGGGUCUGCUGGGCGGGCCAUCACGAUUGGACUCUCUGGGUUUGAGUGGCGCUAUGCUACCCUGUUGAGGGCAUUCCUCAUCAUUGUCCUCACAGGUAUUGGAAACUUACUGGUUUGCAUUCCCAUGAAAUGGAUUCUGAUUGGACAACAAAAACCAGGUCCAGUAACUAACAACUCUAUCUUCCAAGAAUCGCUUGACUGGAUGGUCGACUAUCAUUUCUUUGCCAGCCUUGUUCUUCUGGACCUAGUGGCAGACAAUACAGUCAUGAUCAAUGCCUUCUUGUGGUUGCUGGGCUUGGAUAUUGACAUGGAAACUAAGGUGUGGGGUGAACACUUCCCUCCCUCCAAGGUUGAUUUGAUCACUCUCAAGAAGUCUACUCUAUCUUUCUCACAUUUUGAUGUCAAACAAGAUGAAGAGUACAAAAAGAUCCACAUUGAGAACACCAGCAUUGGACACAGUGUCAUUAUUGAUGGUGGAGUAACGAUCAAAUCUGCCCAGGUCAAUCCAUUGACACAUGUUACAGCUGACAUCCACGGUGAUCUUACCACAACUGGAACAAGAAUGCCACUGUCAAGACGAUUGGCUAUUGACCUUGCCACACCUUUUAUCUUGGCUUUUCUCUUCCUAUGUCUUAUCCCAACCUUUGAGCUCUUUCAACUGGACUUUGGUACCCUUCUGCAGGGUUCCCAGUUGUCAAAAUGGCUGUGA